AUGGAUUACCGCCAGGAGCGACGCAUAAUCGCGCUACAGGCAUCCGUUCAAGAAAUUAAAGAGCAACUAAGAUGUCGGUCAGCAGAGGACGGAAUCGGCUACUCGAUCGUCCCUCAGGAUCGAAUCGAGGCUUUGCUGUCUCUCAGGCGCUGGAGUCUUGCAAAGUUCGCUCAAGCAUUAGAGCAAGAACUGUUCGCAGACAACCCUUUGGAGCUACUUAAGGAUAUGGAGGAGAAAAAAAAUGCAGCAGAAAAAAUAGACUUCAUGCAAAAGGUCGUUUUUGAGUACUUCAAUGUAUCGAAGAGCUCGGAGACAAGUGUGUGGCAGACGGUGGAAAAUGCUCUGAACGCCAGAGCUCGCAAUACAGGAGCCCGCAUACAAGCACAAGAGCAUCGUUGA